AGAAAACGUAAUUUAAAUGUCACCGAAAACAAACGAAAAAAACCCAAAUAAAUUAUUUAUUUAAAAAGUCAUGUUGUACUUGUUGGUAUUAACAAAUUUUACAGGAAAACAUACAAGAAAACAACAAACAACAGUAGAAAAACGCGCGAACCAAACCCAAAAUGUGGAUACUUUUUAUUCUCGGCAUAAUUUUCAUCUCAUUGGUGACUACAUUAUCAUGGCUGUGUGUGUGUUUGGACAAAUGACCAAAAAAACAAAAAAAAACAAGAUGCAAUUACCAUAAUACCAGCAAUUGGGCAAUUGUAGUUGGUAUUUAAAUAUUAUUCGCGAGAAUUUAAAUAUUUUUGUGGUGUGCCGUUAGUGUGUUUGCCUCUCUGGCUCGCCUCGCAUUGCAGAGAAAUGUCUGUAUAUAAUUGUUUGUUGCAUUUUGAAGUGCUGACAAUGUGCCUUGUAAAUACAGCCGCUGGCAAUCGACUUGUUGUAGUUGAAAUUGUUGAUUUUCAAUGCUGUGUUUGCGGCAAUAGUUCAGCAAUGCGCUGAUUUGUCAAUAUUCAAAAAAAAAAGCUCCUUAAAAAAUGACAAAAAACAUACAAAAACAUCAAAAACCAACAACGGACAACUGGUAAUUGUGCGAUGAUUGCUGACAAAUGCGGCCAAUAAGUCGCUUAAAGGCAGAGAAUCAAAACUACAACGAUCUUUAACCGCAAACCAUGCAACAGCAACAAUCAAAGAAGUAUGUAUUAGCAUUGAAUUUCAUAAGAUUUUCAUAUAUGUUAAGGAGCUUGUGUCUCUUGCGAAAAUCAACUCGCUAACAAUCCAACAAAAACAACAAAGGCUAUUUAAUCAUUUUCCACGUCCGAUUUGGCUUUUGGUUCGCACAAAAGCUCUGCUAAGCGCAGCUCAGCCUUAAUCAGAUGUAAAUGCCGUUGCAAUAGCAAUAGCAACAGCAACAUCAGCAAGUAUAACAAAACUAACAACAAGCAUCGUCAACAGCCACCCAUGGCACCUGCAAUGAACAAGAUUAUCUGUAUGUAUGUGUAAAUUUACUGAAGUUUUGCUAUUAUAGUGCGGUUAUGAAACGUAAAGUGGACUGAAAUUACGUCAAACGUCCAAGAUGCCGAAAUAUUGAACUUCCAAGUUAAAUGCAGUGUUAUGCCAACAAUAGCAACUACAACUACAAGUCAAAUUGCAGCUGAGUAAACAACAGCGAAACGUGCAUAAAUCAAAAACAAUAUCAAUACAACAACAACAGCAACAAUUAGAAAAGUGCAGCGAACAAGCGUGGGCAUUAAUGGAAAAUCUGACACCCCGGAACUGAGAAGAAAUUCAAGAGAACCCAAACCAAUUUAACACGCAUCGCUGUAGAAAUCACACGCGCCAAAGAGGAAGGGGAAACUUCAAGAAACCAAAAUAUAAAUAAUAAUAAACAACAAACAAGCAAAACUCUCUUUAAACAACACCGAAUUUAACGCUAAAAAGCGAUAAAAUAUAGAUUAAAAACUCCGAACAACAAAACCGUUAAAAUUUGUUUGUGCUCCGCGGCACGCGACGUGAUUUUUAUGAUGUUGCACAUAGUACCUCAAGGAAACAAACUGCAUAGUUGAAAAUAUAAAUAGAAAACGGAAAAAAAAAGUAUAAAAAAAGUAUAAAAAUAUAAAUCGAAAGACAAACAAACACACACACACACUCGUUAACUAGCAGCGCUGAAAACUAUUUUCAGCUGAACUUGAAAUGCCUACAGAAUGUGAGCGUACGAUCGCCAACACCACACAGAACGUGCAACAGCCACAACGACAGCAACAGCAACAGCAGCAGCAACAGCAGCAACAACAGGCAUACGAACAAUUGCAAGCAGAUCACUUGCGUGUAGAAGGAGAAGAAGAAGAAGAAGGAGGAGAAGAAACAGCGGCAACAGCGCUAGCAGCACAGCUUGAGUUCUAUGACGACAUGGAGGGCAAAGAAUUAAAUGGCGGCAAAAUGUCGACGUCACAGGCAGCAACAACAGCAACGUCAACGACAAAUGGCCACAAUGGCAGCAAUCAGACGACAAAUGGAGUUGGCAAGAAAACGUCCAUUAUAUCGCCAGAUCCCACACCAUAUGUGACCAAAGCGCGUGUCACUCGUCCCACACCGCCGCCACCGUCCUACAAUCCAAUGCAAUUUGUACAGAUCAAACCAUGUAAUCUCUAUCAAACCGCACAGGAGCAGCUCAAAAAAGCUGAGGAAGUGAAAAAAAUUAAGGAGAUCAAGAAGGAGGAGCCCGAAGAUUGGCAAAAUAACUUGGACAAUUGGAAAUCGUCACGUAGAAAACGUGUCGAACAUAUCAUCGAUCGAGUUGUUGAAGUGAAGAAACUCGAAUUAGAAGAACACGACCGGACACGAAGAAAAUCGAAAACAUUCUCCGAAAUGAUUGAGGAAAGAGGAGAACGUGGUGUACGUGGUGGACGCGCAAAAUUGGCCUCAUUAGCCGUUUACAAUGAAGACGAAUCGAAUGAUCUGAGUGAUCUUGGCAUUGGCACAAGCAGCGCCAGCGGCAAGAGCAGUCAAUCGGAGGAUUACGACAAUAACAGUGUACUGAGCGACAACGCCGAACUGGACAAGGCCAUAUUCGAAAAUAACCAAAAACCCAGCGGCAUCCCUGCUCGCGAAUACAUCUCAUCGCCCGGCUACGAUACCUCAUCCAGCACAGCGCCCGGCAGCUCUCCCGAUCCAUGCGAAUAUACCUAUGAAGGCGCCAUACAAGAUUAUAAGCAACGCGUCUCACGCGCCAGCGGCGGCAGCGCUCUGACAAAUUUCAAACUCAAUAAUGUCAACACAAAUGCGGCGCUAACGGGCAAAACCGUCAACUCUCCAAAGGAGACCACACCCGACAGCACCAGCAGCUGCACAGUGACCAAUGAUGUCUAUCCCACACGUCGUGGCAGUAAAAUAGAAGAUCGUCUUAUCGGUUUCGAAGUUACCUCGCCCAGCGAUAGUAGUCAAGAGGGUUUGGAGAAGAAAGUGGAUGUACCAAAAAUAGAUAUUUCGAAACGUAAGGAGAUAUUCGAAAAUCAAAAUGCCAAUACAGAACCAAAGUCACUGGUGAGCGGCAAUAAUGGCGCUGGCAGCGUAGCUGUGCCGCGGGUAACGCUGCGUGACCGCUUCAAAUUGGAUGAGAGUGCAACCGGCAAUGGUGAAAUUCAAGAUUCCACUUUGAAGCGUGAAGUUAAACGCCUUUCCGGCGACAUAACCAGCGUAAGGUCGCGUAUGCAAAGCUUGGAGCAACAACAAAACUUAGUCAAUUCAACAAAUGGCGGUGGUGUCGGCAAAACGCCACACGCAAAAUUAGUCGAUAUACCAGUGCCACCGUUGAAGGAUCGCCUGUCUAGUUUACAAAACGCCGUUACCAAAGAGGAGGUGAAAAAACCGCCCGUAGCGCUUGUUGAUGCACGCCAGCUAGAGAUUAUGAAAAAUGAAGAAGAAGAGCGGCGCUUGAAGUUGCGGGAGAAUGAGAAGAAGGUAGAGCAGGUUGAAAUUCAUGAGAAAAAGAAACAGGCCACUGUGCACAUAGCGGAAACCGCAUUGCCACCACAGGAGCUGGUGGUUAAAAUAGACGCACCCGAAGAGGAGAUCGAUCGUGACGAUAGCGGCAUACACACCGCCGAUGGUGAGAUCGACUCCAGUGAAAUCUCUGAACAGGAGCAGCAACUGAAUGCGGCUAUUGCAGCGCUGGCUCUGGAAGAGCAACAGCUAUCCGAAGCAGCCAAUGCCGUCAACCAAAUAGAGGCCGAGUUUGCAGAACUCUCCACCAGCGCAGUUAACGCCAUCGCCAACGGCCUGACAGCAGCGUCGACGACAAAAACAACUAACGAACAGCCAUGCGAAAUGGAAUUUAGUCAGAUCAACGAAGCUCUUGAAUUGGCGCUGGAGGCAAUUGACAGAGAGACAAAAUUCACCGCAAACGAUACAACAACAAUAAUAAAAGCAACGACCAAAAAAUUGAAGAAAACAACAACAACAACAACAGCACCCGCUGCGUUCGCAAUGGCAACAAAUAUAACAAGCAACAAUAGUAAUAAUAACAACAACAACAACAAUAAUAGUAAUAAUAACAACAAUAGCAAUGCUCAAUUUGAUUGUUUGACCGAGCCGAAAGAUUCCUCGAACAAAACCGACGAAGAGAAGGAACUCAAGACAAAAAAACAACAAUUCGAUGCAAUUGCUAAUGAGCAUAUAAGCAACAGCAACAGCGAUUUCAAUUACAACUACAGCGAAAAUAGAGGAGAAUACAAUAAUGAAUUGAACAAUAAAAGCAAAAACAAUAACAAUUAUCACAAAGACAAUGAAUUUGAUAAUAAUACUAUGAUUAUGAUGCAACAAGCGCAUGAGACGCAGAAGAGAGCAAAACAGGAGGAGGCUCAGGAGGCCGAGGAGGCUGAAGUGCUCAUCUCGCAGGAACCAAUUUACGAGAAUAUCUCGGCAGCGUCUACGCGUCAAGUAGAUGCUGAGGCAGGACGAAUCAUCAAAACUCCAGCGAGGACUUUGAAUGGCAGCAACAGCAACAACAACAACAACAAUAUUAAUAAUAAUAAUUAUGAUAAUUUUCAAAACAAUUCUCAUAAUCAAAUCAAUCAAUCAAAUAUAAGCAAAAACAACAACAGUAAUAAUAAUUUUGAUACUGAUAUCGCUUACGCCAAUAAUUUGCUAAGUAAUUUGACUAACAGUAAUGAUAUUAACAAGACCAACAACAACAACAACAACAGCAACAUCAACAGCAGCAAUAGUAGUAGCUAUACCGCUAGCAUUAACAACAACAACAGCUACAACAACAAAUACAAUAGCAAUGUUGAUAAUAAUUGUAUUGAAUUAACAAAUACUUUGGCUAAUGCUACAACAAUAACAAAACCAACAACUACAACAGCACCCGUCAGCGAUAUAAUAGAAACAACAUCACCAACAACAACAACGACUAGUUUCAUAGAAGGCAAAACAAUGCCGACCACAUCACUAAAGACCAGUGAGUUAGCAACAACAACUCUAACAACAAGACAAACAACACAAAUUGAGACGCCAACAAUAACACAAUCAGCUGAAAUUAACCCAAAUUCUGAACAAUACAACACAUCAAACAAACCCUCAGCAGCGCAUAACAGUACACCGAACCCGCUAGUGGAACACGAACCCUACUAUCAAGUGCCCAAGUCCAGCGAACCGUACUACGAUGCACCCAAGCACCUGCGCCCCGUGCCACUUUACGAGAAUAUAGAGGUGUUCUACACGGGCUUAGAGAACUCCACGUUAGCUGGCGGCGCAGGCGCCACACUCGGUGGCGGCGGCUUCAAGCUGGAGCCGCCAAAAGAAAAGCCACCCCCACCACCUAUCGAGAGCCCACCACCGUUCGAUGAUAUCGAUGGCAUUGACAACAACACAGACACUUGGUCUUCGGAUAAUACAUACGAGACGAUUUCAUCGCAUCUGCCACAACUGAACGGACUCGCUGCAGAUCAUCCCUCGCCGCCGAUCAAACGAAUGAAUUCCACAAAACGCAUUAAGAAGGAAUUGCGCAAUAAACGGUCAAGUUUUCUGGGUAUUGACACAACCAAUCUGGAUGACGAGGAAAGCUUUUUGGAAUUAACUGUCGCACCACCGCCAGAUAUGGCGCAACUAUUACAGGAGGAGCGCCGUUUGGAGAAGCAAUUGUACCUGAAGGCGGGUCUGUGCGAUAGCUCAGAUACAGGUGAGAGUCGUGACUCAGGCGUCUCGGAGAAUCAUUCGCGGCAAAGCAGCGAACACUACACAAACUCAUCGGAGGAAAACGAUCGCCAUAUCGAUUCACCGCCGCACAGCCUCAAAUCCAAUGAGCUCAUCUUUCAAAAUGAGGCUCUAUUGACUGCAGCACAGACACCGCUAUUACAAACGGUGAAGGGUAACUCCGCCGAAUCGUGGACUGAAUCGGCCACCGUCGCAGCUGCGGCUACAAAGUCACUCACGGAGGCCACCGCCACCGCCAAUGCCAAAAUGCUCUCCAUUGAGGAGAAGAUACGCGAACAAGAAGAAGUCUUGCGUGUCGAACGUGAGCUGCUGCAGCUGGAGCAGGAAGAGCUGAAGCGUCAACGCGAAAAUUUAAUGCUGCGCGAAAAUAUGGCACGUCGCGAACUGCAACACGGCGCUAAAAUGCUUAUGUCCGCCAACCGACGCUCACUUCAGGAUCUUAAUGGUGUGGGCAUGUCUUUAGCUGGCGGAGUGCCGCUGCCGAAUGGUGCCACAAAUCUUUCAUACCAAACGGCCGUGCCCCAAUAUGCGUUGGCGGCAGCGCAUGGCAUGCAACAACAAGCACAGCAAAAAUUCGUCGCACCCAUGCUUUCGGCACAACCAAAUCAGCAGAUUUACGCAAAUGUACCAAAUCUCGAGCAGCAAUACUACCAAGUGGAUGUCGACUACCGCAAGUCCAUGUCCGAUUUGCAGGAAUUCUCCAAAAGGCACAUGCUGCCACCCAUGCCGCCAACAAAACCAAUGCGCGCCAUGCACGUGACGACUUCUGGAAAUGCGCUGACGGCGCCCAAUGGCGCCGACGACUUUAUGGCACAGCGGCACACAUUGAACGCACAAGGCUACGGUGGCUCACUGGUGAAGAUAGCCGCGCCUACAGCAGCGCCGCGUGGUCAUACAAUAUACAACAAUAACAAUAGCAACAAUAAUCAGCAAUACCAACAUCAAUCCACGCAGAACCUGUGCACGGUCAGCGGUGGCAACAAUAACAUUAGUGUCGUAAACGCCGUGCCAACGGUGGCCAACGCGCAAGCGGCACUGCCGGGCAAUAUGUCACGCAAUACACUGCAUGCGCUUAGCGCGACACCAAAACCGAAGUACACCGACGGUUGGGUACAAGUGCAGCAACGUAAAUCUUACGAUACCAACUUAGCCAAUGAUCCUGCUUGGCUGUCGGCAUACCAGCAGAAGCGCAAGUCCAUGCCGGAGCCCUACCAUCACGCUGCCUACAACAACCACUGGCUCGUGCAGGAGGCCGAACAGCGGCGCAUUGCUGAGCAGCGUCGCGGCGUCAGCUCUUCGGGUACAACGCCGGUGCAUCAGCAAAAUGGCAUGAAGAGUGCAUCAGCAAAUGGCAAUAGCAAUGGCAAACCGCUGCCCGAUUCCAUCAUACAAACGCUAACUGAGCGUGUGCAGAGCAAGGGCAUUGGCGAGCGGAAGAGAUUUGACAACUACAAUAAUCCGAGCGCCGCUUUGGAUAAAAGUCCGUUACACGCGGCCUCCACUUACUACCAACAACACCAACAGCAAUUGACGCCGAAUCAUCAGCGGCAUCUUAGUGGCUCGGCGUUGGCUGCAAUGCCGCCGCCACAAACUAAUGUGAACGCAUUGACGCCGCAUCAACAACCACAGCCACAGCAGCAGCAGCAACAACAGCAGCAGCAGCAGGAUAAGGUGCUGAGCGUGAGCGGCAAGAAGAAGUGUUCACAUUGUGGCGACGAAUUAGGACGCGGCGCUGCCAUGAUCAUUGAGUCGCUGCUGCUCUUCUAUCACAUCAAUUGCUUCAAAUGCUGCGUGUGUCACGUGCAACUCGGCGACGGUUUGAAUGGAACAGAUGUGCGCGUGCGCAAUCACAAAUUACACUGCCAAAACUGUUAUUCCAGUGAUGAUGGUAUAAAAUUCAGUUGCGUCUGAGCGGAAAAUGUACAAAAAAAAAACUUAUUGUUGGCAAAUGAGAAUUUUUGUUGUUGAUAAGGCAAAGUUUUUUAACAGCUAUCAUCAUCAUAACCACAUAACCAAGCAAAAAUGAGUGCAAUGCAUACAUAAGUGCAAUCACAUGCACAUACAAAUGCGUAGAUUUGAAAAUCGUAUGCGAGGAAAACCAAAAAAAUAAAAAAAACUUUGCUGAAAUGCUGUUGUAUGCGUUGACGAGUCAAAAAUAUUUGAUUUCAAGCUGAAAAAUAAAAAGAAAAAUUCAGUAAAAAUGUUAAAUCAUUUUUCUUUUUUCGUAUAUAUUUACACAUCUCAAUGUUCAUACAGACACGCAAACAUAUUUACACUUUUUAAAAGUAAAAAAACAAAAUCAAAUUAUUAUAAAUUUUACAUUAAAUGAAUUUUACAAAAUAUUUAGACAUAAUUAUAUGUAUGUAUGUAUGUAACUAAAUACGUAUGCUAAAAAUGCUUAUGAGACAAAGAAGAAAAAAAAGAAGAAAGGAGAAUUGAUGAAAUCUACAAUAAUAUGUGUAAAACGCAAAAUAUAUUUACACGUUAUAUACGUUAUGUGCGUACUUGAGAACUAUUUAUGUGCAGCUUUUUGCUAACUGACGAACUGUUGAAAUUUUUGCCAAUUUUUUUCCAAUUCGAUUUAAUAUAAAAUAUAUAUAUAGAUAUAUCUAACGCUAUCGGUAUGCGUUGUAGCCUAUAAUAUUUACAUAAAAGCAUACUUCCACACAUACAAACAUAUAUGUAUAUCAAUUGUUAAAAUUAGGAAAAAAAUUCUAGUUAAAAAUCAAAAUUUUGGGGCGCAUUAAUAGAUUAAUAAAUGCAAUAAUAAUAACAACAAGCACAUACAUACAUAUGUCAGAGUUCUGCAAUGAACGCCGGCGAAAGGAGGAGAGAUAAAUGCAUCAUGUCCUCCUCAUGCAGAUUGAUAUACAAAAUUGUAUGGAUCGUGCAGAUCUCUGGUACAUAUCACGUAAUACAGACCGACACAAAUCCAUACAUAUAGUGCAUACGAGUAUGUACAUAAAUAUGGAGCGAACUGUUUGUACAGGCGAAUGAUCAUAUAUACACGUACAUACGUGUACAUGAAUGGAGCGCUAGAAAAAGGAAAUAACUACAAAAUUCACGCC